AAUUUAAACAUCAAUAUGAGCUGCCAAUUUUCCAACUUCUCUCUCUCUCCCCCCUUCUCUCUCAACAAUAACAUUAACACCUCCACCAGCCAUUAAUGCUAUUUCAUCCUCUCUAUACGCUCUGCAUUAACUCCUUCUACUGCAUCAUCUUCUUCACCUGCUCCCUUCCCCUCUUUUUCCUUCUCCAAAUCCUCUUUCAUUCCUUAAAUUCCCUUCACAAAAAAAGUUGUUCUUUCUUGUCCAUGAAAAAAAAGACACAAGUUUUCAGCCUGCAAAAAGUGGUUUAAUACUUUGUCCUGAAAACCAGAUCUAAACCCUUGGAGUUUAUUUGCUUCUCUUCUUGCUUUUGUCCAAGGCUCAUCACACAGACAAUGAAAAAUAUUUAGCUUUAAGAGAAAGGAUAAAGUCAAGAUGUUUAAGGGAAACAUGUUUGAUAGCCACCAUCAUUUGCUAGAUAUGUCCGCCCAUAAUAAAACACCAGAAAAUGAGAUGGACUUUAUUCGAGAUGAAGAAUUCGAGAGCAAAUCAGGUACUGAUAUCAUGGAAGCUCCUAAUUCAGGUGAUGAUCAAGAUCCAAAUCAACGUCCAAAUAAGAAGAAGCGUUACCACCGCCAUACUCAGCAUCAAAUCCAAGAAAUGGAAUCGUUUUUUAAAGAAUGCCCUCACCCUGACGAUAAACAAAGAAAAGAAUUGGGAAAACGACUAGCGUUGGAGCCUUUGCAAGUAAAGUUUUGGUUCCAAAACAAACGUACUCAAAUGAAGGCUCAACAUGAACGAUCUGAGAACACACAAUUGAGGAAUGAAAAUGAGAAGCUACGAGCUGAGAAUAUAAGAUAUAAAGAAGCACUUAGCAAUGCAGCAUGCCCAAAUUGUGGAGGGCCUGCAGCCAUAGGCGAGAUGUCCUUUGAUGAGCAGCACUUGAGGAUUGAAAAUGCUCGUCUUAGAGAAGAGAUUGACAGGAUAUCUGGAAUUGCUGCGAAAUAUGUUGGAGGGAAACCACUGCUUAAUUUUCCUCAAAUUCCUCCGCCUGAAGCAUCUUGCUCACUGGAUCUUGGUUUUAGGCCUCAAUCAAGCCUACUUGGAGAGAUGUACAGUGCUGGUGAUCUUCUCAGAACUGCAAUAUCAGGCCUUACAGAUGCUGAGAAGCCUAUUGUUAUUGAGCUUGCUGUUGCUGCAAUGGAGGAACUUAUUAGAAUGGCUCAAUCUGGAGAACCCUUAUGGAUGCCAAGCCCAAACAUCAAUUCUACUGAGAUAUUAAGUGAGGAGGAAUAUGUCAGAAAUUUCCCUCGAGGGAUUGGCCCAAAACCAUUGGCACUAAAAUCUGAAGCCUCAAGAGAAUCAGCAGUUGUUAUUAUGAAUCAUAUUAAUUUAGUUGAAAUUUUGAUGGAUGUGAACCAAUGGACAAAUGUUUUUGCUGGCCUAGUAUCAAAAGCAAUGACCCUUGAAGUAUUGUCUACUGGCGUAGCAGGAAAUUAUAAUGGAGCAUUGCAAGUGAUGACAGCUGAGUUCCAGGUUCCUUCUCCACUUGUUCCAACUCGUGAGAACUAUUUUGUGAGAUAUUGUAAACAACAUGCUGAUGGGACUUGGGCAGUGGUUGAUGUUUCCCUUGACAAUUUGCGCCCUACUUCAGUGUCGCGCUGCAGAAGAAGGCCAUCCGGUUGUUUAAUUCAAGAAUUGCCAAAUGGUUAUUCCAAGGUUACGUGGGUUGAACACGUUGAAGUGGAUGAAAAAGCUGUCCACAGCAUCUACAAACCUCUUGUCAAUUCAGGCCUUGCAUUUGGAGCAAAACGCUGGGUAGCAACAUUAGAUAGACAAUGUGAACGGCUUGCAAGUGCAAUGGCUAAUAACAUCCCAACAGGAGAUGUUGGAAUCAUCACAAGUCCAGCUGGACGAAAAAGCAUGUUAAAACUGGCUGAGAGAAUGGUGAUGAGUUUUUGUGCUGGUGUUGGUGCCUCGACAACUCACACGUGGACAACAUUGUCUGGAAGCGGUGCUGAUGAUGUUAGAGUCAUGACUAGAAAGAGUAUAGAUGAUCCAGGAAGACCUCCUGGUAUAGUCCUGAGUGCUGCAACAUCUUUUUGGCUUCCAGUUUCUCCUAAGAGGGUUUUUGAUUUUCUCCGGGACGAAAACUCUAGAAGUGAGUGGGAUAUUCUUUCAAAUGGAGGGCUUGUUCAAGAAAUGGCACAUAUUGCAAAUGGUCGUGAUCCUGGAAACUGUGUAUCUCUACUCCGUGUUAAUAGUGGAAACUCAAACCAGAGUAAUAUGUUGAUACUCCAAGAGAGCUCCACUGAUUCAACAGGCUCGUAUGUUAUUUAUGCACCAGUCGAUAUCGUUGCCAUGAAUGUGGUGUUAAGUGGUGGUGACCCUGACUAUGUUGCUCUCCUACCAUCUGGUUUUGCUAUCCUUCCAGACGGAUCGACAAUUCACAGUGGAGAUAAUCCAGAGGUUAUUAGUAAUGGUGGUGGAUCUUUAUUAACUGUUGCAUUUCAAAUAUUGGUUGAUUCAGUCCCUACUGCAAAACUUUCCCUUGGAUCAGUGGCGACUGUCAAUAGUCUCAUCAAGUGCACUGUUGAAAGAAUUAAAACAGCUGUAACAUGCGAAAAUGCUUGAUCCAAAUUUAUGUGGCAGACUUUGAAGAGAAAGGAGUUAAAAGAAAGUUGCAUUAUAUACAUGCAUUUGUGAGACAACGGGAAGGAGUCGAGAACGCACCUCAAGGAAAUCCUUGCAAUGUGGUGAGUUUGUUGUUUGGUUAAAAUUAGAUAAGCAGUAGGAAUUUCACCACCCUGCUAGGGUUUGUAGGUUCGGGUAUUGACUUCACCAGUACUGAACUUUUGAUAUGUAAACCAGGGCCUUAUUACUUAUCAGCAUAUAGUAUAAACUAGAAACAAAGCUUUUGUUUGGACUUUUUAAUUUCAGUUGGUAUAUUUCUUUGUGUUUUUGAAAGAA